AAUUGCACUAUGUCAUACAUUGCCAAUAGCAUAUACGCUCUCUUUAAUCGAGUCGCAGCCAUUCAGGAUGCCGAUGCUGUCGAGCGAAUUCCGCCGGUCAAUCCCGAUUGCCCUCCUCGGUUGAUCUUGAAGGAUGGAGAGAAAGCGCCCAGGGUGUUGAUCAUCGGCGGAGGUGCAUCCCAGCGAGAAACCCUUCGUUAGUCUUAGGCUGAUCCAUUGGGUGUACAGGCUUAGCCGGAAUGAGUGCUGCGCUGGAGCUUUCUGAACGAGGUUUCGAAGUGGUCAUCAGAGAAGCAAAUCCAAUUCUGGGUGGACGACUGGACUCCAAGAAGACUCAGCCACUUCUUCCUCUCGAUCCAACGGAGUUCUACGCGGAUCACGGCUUCCACGCCUGGUUCGUCAACUCGUAUCACCAAUUCGGUGAUAUCAUCAAUCGUUUGGGUCUGAACGACCAAUUGCAGGCAUGGGAGAAGACGGAUAUCGUCUUUCGGAACUACAAUGCUGAAGCAAUCGUCAGUCAAGGACCCUAUCCGUUGAAUCUCAUCAAUGUCCUCCGUACAUCUACGAAUAUGAACUACCUCACCUCCCUCCGCAUCAUGGGUAUUGCUACCGACUCAGCCUUCUACGACUACUCGAAGAUCUAUGAAGAUUGGGAUGAGUACUCAGUCGAAGAGUGGGCUGAGAAAAGAGGCAUCGAUAAGGCUUACUAUGACAUUGUGGUUAAGCCUGUUGGGGCCGUAACACUUAGUAAAGUGCAAGGGUUCAGUGCUGCUGAAAUGCAGAACAUGAUGCAGAUCUUCUUUCUAGCAGGACCAGGGGCGGACGUUAGGUUUACCACCAAACAGUCAUUCUACAAGUCCUUAUUGGAGCCCUGGAGGAACCGGUUGUUGCAAAACGGUGUUCGUAUCGAGAGAUCUAAACCGGUGAAAGCAUUGCGGAUGCAGGAUGGCGUCUGUGAAGGCAUUGACGGCGAACCGGAGACUUAUGAUUAUACUAUCAUGGCGGCGGACCUUCCCGGAGCAAAGUCUAUCCUGGAGGGUACCGUUGAUGCCUGUAUGGACAAGAAAUCCGGGACACUUGCAACGAAGCUCCGUGAGCCGGUGUCCAAGUGCAAGAUCGCACCGCCAUACAAGAUUCUGAAGGUAUGGCUGAAGGGCCUGCUGCCAGCGGACAAGUAUCCAGCAAUCAUCGAAACACCGGAGCAUUCACCACUGAACGAAAUCGUGCAGUACCACAUGCUCCAGGAUGAGUACAAGGAGUUCGCGGCAGAGAAGGGUAUCGGAUGUUGGGAGUUUCAUUUGUAUGCCCUCGAGGAUAAGGAGUGGAGUAGCUUUACCGAAGCGAAGGACGUAUGGAAGAAGCUUGCGCCCAUCGUUCAUGAGAUCGUGCCAGAGAUGGCAGACUUCGAGGUUCGUGGGUACCAUAUGAACCAGUACGAGAACUUUCCCGACUUCUCGAAGGGGCAGCACAAGUUCCGUCCUCAGUACUCUGCACCUUCGUCCAUUGGGAUCAAGAAAUUGGUUAUGGCUGGCGAUUGGUUGCAGACGUCGUUUCCGUCGUUCAUCAUGGAGAGAGCUGUCAGUACCGGACGAUUGGCAGCGAAUGAGGUGUUGCGGGAGUAUGGUGUUCGGGAAGUUGAGUUGAGGGUCGUCAGUUCUUAUGGACCGGGGCUCGCGGCGGUAGGAAGGAAGUGGAUUGCAGGUUUGACUGCAAAGUGGUGGGGCACGGGCAAGUCUGCUUAAUCAUGCAUGGAACCUCCGAUACACGACAUUCAGCAAAGGGUAUUAUCAUA